AUGUGCGGCUGCUCGGUGAGAUGCGAUCGGACGUGUGAAGAGACCCUAGUUAAUCGCUGUUUAGCUCGUAUGGGGUAUAAGCAGGAGCUGCGGCGCCAGUAUUCCACGCGCCAGGUGUUUGCUGUCGCGUUUAGCAUCAUGGGCCUGGUGCCUUCGAUUGCUUCGACGCUUUCAUUCUCACUUCCCGCGGGUCCGGUGGGAAUGAUUUGGGCUGAUCUGGCGUCUGCCAUGCCCACUGCCGGAGGUCUUUAUUGGUGGACACAUUACCUCGCUGGGGAAAAGUGGAAGAGCCCCCUGAGCUUCUUGGUCGGGUAUAGCAAUACCCUGGGUCUCCUUGGUGGCAUCUGUUCGGUGGACUAUACACUUGCGCUGAUGAUCCUGUCCUGUGUCUCUAUAUCACGAUCAGACGACUGGACCGCCUCGAACGGCGUGGUGUACGCCGUGUUUGUUGGGCUGAUAUGCUUGCAUGGAUUAUGUGUCUCCAUGGGUGGCCGCAUGAUGCCUAGAGUCCAGAGCCUUUCGCUGUAUCUGAAUGUUGCUCUCAUGAUAGCGACUGUUAUUGCACUUCCAGUCGGCAAGGUGGCGCGAGGUGGCUCCCUCAGUUCCGGUCGCUUUGUAUACGGCCACAUCGACAAUAAGACAACUUGGCCGAUCGGAUGGGUAUUUAUGCUCGCUUGGCUUGCUCCGAUCUGGUCCAUUGCAUCGUUUGACUCGUGUGUCCAUAUGAGCGAAGAGGCGCUGCAUGCAGCGAGAGCUGUACCGAUUGGAAUCGUUGGAACAGCCAGCUCAGCAUUUGUCCUGGGCUUCAUGGUCUUGUCUGUCAUCGUGUCUACGAUGGAUCCAGAUGUCAGUAACACCAUCAACACCAAAUUCGGUCAGCCGAUGGCGCAGAUAUACUAUGACGCACUAGGAAGAGAGGGUGCCUUAGCCUUCAUGGCUGUGAUGUGCCUUGUUCAAUUCUUGAAUGGCCUCGGUCUGACUCUGGCCGCAUCUCGCCAGGCAUGGGCAUUCUCCCGUGACGGCGCACUACCCUUCUCUAGGUUCUUUUCUCACAUCAGUAAGCGCAUCCGGUAUCAACCAGUGCGCAUGAUAUGUGGAAUCGUCGUUGCAUGCAUUAUACUUGGAUUGCUGUGUCUCAUCGACUCUGCUGCUGCCAAUGCCCUUUUCUCAUUGUUCGUGGCCAGCAAUUACCUUUCAUGGGGCACCCCUAUUUUCUGCCGGUUAGUCUGGGGUCAUGACCGGUUUCAGCCAGGCGAGUUCUAUACAGGAUGUUUCAGCAAGGCAAUUUCCACUGUGGCUGUCGUAUACCUUUCUUUCGGAAUUGUCCUAUCCGUAUUUCCCACUGAAGGCCCACAUCCCACCCGCUUUCCCAAUAUAGCAUCUAACAUGAAUUACACUGUGGUCAUCAACGGUUUUGUUUGGGUGGGUUGUAUGGGAUAUUACUUCCUGUUUGCUCGACGAUGGUAUACCGGUCCGCAGACGACUAUUGAUGAAGGUGCUUCCGCUUUGUCUAGUGACACGAUCAGCAACACGAUCUGGCCCGGCCCCCAUGCCGGUGGCACGUCAGAAGCGGUCGCAGAUAAAAAUGACUAG